GUGUGUGUGUGUGUGUGUGUUGGUGUCCCCCCCCGCCCGCUGAGCUCAGUGGUUCAGUCCGGCUCGCCUGCGUUUGUCCCGGGAUGACCUGUUGAUGUCUGUACAAUAAGACACGGUGCGGCGGUACAGCACACACACACACACACACACCGGGAGAAAAUGUGAACAAGUUUAGAUGUCGGUGUUGUACCGGAGCGGGGGGGUUUAGUGCGCGCGCGGGAACGAACCGGAUCUACACCGGAUUUAUUUUCCGCCGUCAGGAACCGAAGCGCGUGGACGAACCGCGGUGUGUGCAGGCCUUCGGACUCUGCGCGCGCCACAGGACCUGUGCUGCAGUGGCACACACACACACACACGGGACAGCGGCACGCGCAUGCUGAGCUCCGCGGAUUUCCCGUGUGCCACAUAAACACUCUGUUUUGGCGUCGCCCUGCGCGCGCGCGCACACACACACACACACACACACCGACUGCCUGUCUGGCACACCGCGGGCACGGCCGGCCCGAGCACCGGAGCUGCAGCCCGAUCAGCGCGAGGCCUGAGAUUUCCGCGGUGGUGCCGGCCGUAGCGCCAUGGCUCAGACCCUUCAGAUGGCGAUCCCCAACUUUGGCAACAACGUCCUGGAGUGUCUGAACGAGCAGCGGCUGCAGGGCCUGUACUGCGAUGUGUCCGUGGUAGUGAAAGGCCACGCCUUCAAGGCGCACCGGGCCGUACUGGCGGCCAGCAGCGCAUACUUCCGUGACCUGUUCAACAGCGGCGCCGGCAGCAAGGCCCCAUCUGUGGUGGAGCUGCCGCCCGCCGUACAGCCGCAGAGCUUCCAGCAGAUCCUGGCCUUCUGCUACACGGGCCGCUUGAGCAUGAACGUCGGAGAUCAGUUCCUUCUCAUGUACACCGCCGGCUUCCUGCAGAUCCAGCAGAUCAUGGAGAAGGGCACGGAGUUCUUCCUGAAGGUCAGCUCACCCAGCUGCGACUCCCAGGGCCUCCACGUGGAGGAGACGCCGCCAUCUGAACCUCAGAGUCCCGUCACUCAGACGACCGCCGGCGUCUCAGCCAACGGUGGAGGAGGAGGGGUCCCGGUCCAAGCCACGUCCGCCAGUCGCCCCGCCUCCUGCCUCACCCCGCUGCCUUUGGUGUCCCGAGUGAAGGCGGAGCAACCCGAGGUCUCGCCGUACUCAGUGGUCUGCACUCCGGUGGCGAAGCGUCUUUGGGAAGGCGGGAGUCGGGACGGUACCGGAGCGUCCGGAGGAUCCGGCGGACGCAAAGCGGCACGCUUUUCCCAAGAGAUGUCGCGCACUAGCGCGAUCCAGCCGCAGGGACUGGCUGUAGGAUUGGGCGUGGCACCCGGAGGCCAUACCGCCAACGGGAACGGCUCCAGCAGCAGCGCCACCCCAGAGGGCACCAGCCCUGGCACGGUGAGCGCCUACGCCAGCGACUCGCCUAUCUCUUAUCACGACGAUGACGAGGAGGAAGAGGCGGCGGAGGACGGCGCGGAGGAGCAGUACAGGCAGAUCUGCAACAUGUACACCAUGUACAGCAUGCUCAACAUGGGCGCCGCAGCAGGCGAGCGAGUAGAGGCUCUGCCGGACCACUCGGAGACUCGGAGUCGGAUGCGCGGGCGUCAGGACCUGGCGUCGCUCCCUGCAGAGCUCAUCGCUCAGAUUGGAAAUCGCUGCCACCCUAAACUGUACGAGGAGGGCGACCCCGCCGAGAAACUGGAGCUGGUCACAGGAACUGGUGUGUUUAUCUCCAGAGCUCAACUGAUGAACUGUCAUGUCAGUGCAGGAACCCGACACAAAGUUCUGCUGAGGAGACUGCUGGCUGCGUUCUUCGACAGGAGUACUCUGGCGAACAGCUGUGGGACGGGGAUUCGCUCGUCUACUAAUGACCCGAGCCGUAAGCCGUUGGACAGCCGCGUCCUCCACGCUGUUAAAUAUUACUGCCAGAACUUCGCGACGAGCUUUAAGGAGAGCGAGAUGAACGCCAUCGCGGCGGACAUGUGCACUAACGCUCGCCGCGUGGUGAGGAAGAGCUGGAUCCCUAAACUCAAGCUGCUGAUGGCCGAGAGCGACGCGUACGCGAGCUUCCUCCCCGACGCCGUCAAGAUGGAGGCCGAGGGUCUGGGGGCCGACCCCGCCUUCGAGGCGGCCGAUCUCGAGGGCGGAGCCUCUUUGGAGACCACGCCCUCGUCCGGGGAAUCGCUGCAGGGCGUGGCCGGAGACGCCGGCGCGCUGUUCCAGUGAGCUGGCCAGUACUGAGAAGCCCCGCCCCCUGACCCAUGUCUCCGCCCUGCAGCCGGUCAGCGUGACUCUGUAGGUGCGGUGUAACAGAGACGCUCGUUAUUUUCUUCCUUCAUCUAUUUUUUUUUUUUUUUUUUUUUCCUCAGAUAACUUUUUUUUUUUUUUUUUUUUUGCACAGAAGCUACUCGGCUUCUUCACGCUUUAUAAAUCUGUAUAUCAUGUGACAUGUUUUUGUAGUUCACCUGCAUAUCUUAAACACACACACACACACACACACACUCCCCCUUCAUCAACACUGUAGUCGAUUAGUUGAAUGUAAACUGCAGCACCACACGCUGGUGUCGAGACUCACCGAUUGAAUUUAGACAGAGAGAGUCGUCGUCACUGAAGAGAGAGACAGACGGACAGACAGACAGACAGACAGACAGACGGACGGACAGACAGACAGACAGACAGACAGUGGAGUAUGCAGUUUAUUGUCUACAAUUUGGAAAGAAUUUCUUUUCCUCCUCCACUUUUCCUCCAAAAUUGUUAGAAUGAAAGCAGGAGAGAAAGGAAGAGUUCUGUCCAUUGUCUCUCUCUCCUACAUGUGUGUGUGUGUGUGUGUGUGUGUGGUGGCUCCUGAGUUCUCGUAUGGACAGAGUCCUAUUUUAAAAACGUUUAUUUUUGUUCAGAUAAAAUUAGAGAACCGUUAUGUUAAUUGUUUACCGUGUGUGUGUCGGAGGAGUGUGUGUGUGUCGGAGGAGUGUGUGUGUCGGAGGAGUGUGUGUGUCGGAGGAGUGUGUGUGUCGGAGGAGUGUGUGUGUCGGAGGAGUGAAGAGAAAGUGUUUAUGUCCUGAUGUCAGAGCUGUCGUUCCUGUGUGUGUGUGUGUGUGUGUGUGUGGAGUCACUCUGAUUGAAUCUGAAUCACGCAGUAACUCCUGAGGCUCUGCAUGAAAGAUGAGAGCUGUGUAAUAGUCUAAACCUCGACCAAUCAGGAUGCGGAGCCGGGUCUACUCGUGUGUCAAUCAUGCUUCUUAUAGGCCCAGAAAGCUCCGCCCUCUGGCACCAAAAUCAGGCUAUCCAGUGGGUGGUGUUUAGAGGGCGGGGCCUUGUACACAUCUCUGGAGCUUUGAUUAGCUGCAGCUGACCACGCCCUUUAUUAAAUGACUAAUUUAUUCAUGAAUAAUUAAUGAACGGUGUUUAAUUGCGCUGCUUCACUUCAUAAGUGUUUCAGUAAAAUAUUACUUUUAGUGAUUUGAUGAACACAGAGUGUACAGGGGCGUGACACACCUGCUGGAGCACAGAGUGUGUGUGUGUGUGUGUGUGUGUGUGUCCUCACUGUGGCCUCCUACUCUUGUGUACUUGUAAGCACACACACACACACACACACAGGGAGGGGAGGGGAAAGUUGUGCUUCCUAUUGUUACGAUCACCCUGCUGUCUUAAAGACGUGGUGAUUGUGUGUGUGUGUGUGUGUGUGUGUGUGUGUGUUUGCGUGCACGACUUCGGGGGUUUACAUAGUGUGUGUGUUUCAAAAGAGAAAGGGUGUGUGUGUGUGUGUGAUUGAGCUGCUCUGUAUGGCCCUGUUUGGUCAGCUGUGUGUGUGUGUGUGUGUGUGUGUGUGUGUGUGUGUGUGUGUGUAUUCUUUGCACAUACUUGGCUCUGUGUGCUUGCAUGUGGGUGACGCCUGAUUGAGAUUUAAGGUGUGUUUGUUUCUCCUGUGUGUGUGUGUGUGUGUGUGUGUGUGUGUGUGUGUGUGUGUGUGUGUGUGUGUGUGUCACUGGGCGGGGCUGUUUGGAGGUGUUACAGUUGAAAGCUUUUUUGACUUUGCAUAUCUGUGAUCAAGAGCAGAGUCGCACCUCACCGUCCAGCUUCACUUCAUCCUCCUCAUCCUCACACCACAGCCUGUGUGAACUCUCAGGCGGGAGUGUGUGUGUGUGUGUGUGUGUGUGUGUGUGUGUGUGUGUGUGUGUCUGUGUGUGUGUAAGGAGUCUCCAGUAUGAGUGAGGUGAAGCCGGAGUGGUACACCCUAAGGAGCUCACACUUUACUGUGGUCCCUCAGUCACAUGACCGUGUGUGUGUGUGUGUGUGUGUGUGUGUGUGUGUGUGUGUGUGUGCACAGCUGCUGUGACGUCAGACUCGUCUUACAAACACUAAUGUCACUGUACACAGAUAAGAGAUGUUUAUUAAUAAAUUAGACCCUGUGUGUGUGUGUGUGUGUGUGUGUGUGUGGAACCUUGAGGUCGCCCCCUGAUGGCGUGUCUGCAGCACUACAGCUCUGUACAGUCAGUUCACCCUCUUUACUCAGACCUGAGAGACCUGACUACAGAACACAUACACACACACACACACGCGCACACACACACACACCUCAUCUACAGGGAUCAUUUCUAUUAUUUCAGCCCACACCGUGUCUAUAUGAUGAGUAUAUAAGAUCCAACACACACACACACAAAACACACCCUACAGAGUGCGCCCUGCUAAGUGCACUAGAUGCCCAAUAGGGUUGUGUUGAUCUAAACUAAUUACACAUUAACGGGGCAUCAGUUACUUUAUUCAGGCUUUAGACAAUAAAGACCCGGUGACUUCAUCAUUUCACUUAGAGUUUAUUUCUGUUUAUGUUUAUUAUUGACCCUCGGAGUCGGAGUUGAGCGGUGAGAGGCAGAAGGGAAAAAAAUCUGUUUAAACAAGACAUAAGAUCAAAUUAGUUGAUCUAAAAAAUUGUAUUUAAAAAAAAAAAACAAUCAUGAUGAAGUGGCACAGAGUGAUGCAGACGACUGUGGGGUGCCAAUACAAUUGCACACUCAGUUAACUGAUCAGUGAGUGAAUCAGUGACCAAGAAUUAUAUUUACAAAGUCUGUAUUGUCCAAAACAAGUCUCCAAAAUACCUUUAGUGUGUGUGUGUGUGUGUGUGUGUGUGUGUGUGUGUAGGAGUGUGUGUGUGUGUGUGUGUGUGUGUGUGGUAAAUGGAGCAUUGCACCUUCUUUCGUAGACUGAACUUGUGUGUUUUGCACCUUUCUGUGAGUCUGUGGAUUUCGUGCACCUUGUUUUUGUAAAAAGUCAGUUGGAGAAUAAAAGUGUGUGAGGGAGAGAGAGAGCGCAGGGGGAGGAGCCUGUCUAACCCAUAAUGUAAAUAUAGGCGAGACUGUUGAGGAGGUUUGUCCUGAGUGUGUGUGUGUGUGUGUGUGUGUGUGUGUGUGUGUGUGUGUGUGUGUGUGAGAGACGUUUCUCCUCGCUUAGUGCUGAACAUCACAGCGAUGAUUGAGAACAACUUUGUUUUUUUUUUCUAAGUGUUUUGUUUCUUCUGCGUCUGAGUUUUAGUCCGACUUUGCGCUUCCCAGACUGUAAUCAGACUUCAGUCCUGAGGCUGAACAGCUGCAUCCAGAUGUUUCCAUUAGUAAAGUUAUAGAAUAGCACAGCUGUUUGUUUUUGUUUAACAUAAACAUGUGAUGAUGUAACUAAUGCGCAGCAGGAGACAGUAGGAGGCGCUGUAACCCUCGCGCUAUUUUUGAUAAUUUUGAGAUAGUUUUAGAUGAUCAGAGGCUGUUUCUGUUACUGUGGCCUCCAUUUUGAUUUACACACACACACACACACACAUACACACACAGAGGCCCUGCGUGGCUCUCGCGCUCCCCCUGCUGUACAGUCUUGUGCACUACACCAAGUGGACUCUAGAGGGCGCUGUGUUCACUUUAACUCUUUAACAGAUGUCUCUCUCACACACACACACACACACACACACAGGAACACGAGUUAGAUUUUGUUUACAUUAUUUUGAGGGGAAAAAACGAUGUUGCCUGAAGUUUCAUGUUUAUUUGAGUUUUGUAAAGUUUUGCCUAAAGAGUGUGUUUUUAUACGAGUGAGGGACCAGAGUCGUGCGAGCGGACGCGUCGUUUUAUUACUUUUUGGUUUUUAUUGUCUGAUUAAAGUCUCCACGCCUAAACAUGCACCUUUAAAUGAGGGGGGGGGUUAUUUUAUUAGAUUGAGUUUUAUUUGUUUGUUUGUUUGUUUGUUUUUUUACCUUCCUGACCCACGGCACCUUGAUGGCGGCGGCGACGCCCGCGCAGGCCGGAGACAGAACCGUCUGAUUGUUUAAGCCCCACCCCCUUUUAUUUCUACAAAUCCAUUCUGGGCUGCUGUGCAUUCUGGGACAGCGACCGGGGACUGAGUGGUGUGUUUAUCAUGUCAAUCAGAUCACAGACACACACACACACACACACACACACACACACUCGUCUCUGCAGUACCUCUUCUGUUCCCGUGUACCUCAGAAUCCUGCCUUUAACCAGUUUUCCUCAGCGUGCGGUCGGAGCGGUGAAAUCUACAUAACUGACAUUUUGUAAUAAAUGAAUAGAUAAAUAAAUAAAUUAAUCUUGG